UGAAAUAGUAUAUAGAGUUUUAUAGACAGUGUAACCGUUUGCAUUAAAUGUUUAGCGUUACGUAGGUAGUCGUGAUACGGUAAACUCUGCACAUGUGUCAAUUACGAAGGGCUAACCCUUUUUCCGGCGCACUUAUCAACUUAGGGUUGAUGGUUUACGGGCAGAAUCGCGUUUGAUUUUUAGUUCAGUUUGCGCGAGACUUUCGUUAGGGCUAGUGGUAUUAGCAAACUCAUUGAAAAUGGCGGAGGCCACAACUACAGCGAGUGCAAAUCCAAAUAUUGAAAUUGUGAGAGGACAAAUGUUCGAAGCGGGCCCGCGAUAUACAAAUUUGUCCUACAUCGGCGAAGGAGCUUACGGCAUGGUCGUAUCGGCGUUGGACACAGUAACUAAAACUAAAGUAGCAAUAAAGAAGAUUUCUCCCUUCGAACAUCAAACGUACUGUCAAAGAACUUUACGGGAAAUUAAGAUAUUAACCCGGUUCAAACAUGAAAACAUCAUAGACAUUAGAGAUAUUCUAAGAGCGGUGACCAUUGAUCAGAUGAAGGACGUAUAUAUUGUACAGUGCCUCAUGGAAACCGAUCUCUACAAGCUUCUCAAAACGCAGAGAUUAAGCAAUGACCAUAUAUGUUACUUCCUGUAUCAAAUUUUACGCGGUCUUAAAUACAUCCAUUCUGCAAAUGUUCUUCAUCGAGAUCUCAAGCCCAGUAAUCUUCUCUUGAACACAACAUGUGAUCUUAAGAUCUGUGACUUUGGAUUAGCCCGAGUUGCUGACCCUGAUCACGAUCACACAGGUUUCUUAACGGAAUAUGUAGCAACGAGAUGGUACAGAGCUCCCGAAAUUAUGUUAAAUUCUAAAGGAUAUACUAAAUCGAUAGACAUAUGGUCCGUCGGAUGCAUACUAGCGGAAAUGUUGUCAAACAGGCCAAUUUUUCCGGGAAAGCAUUACCUCGAUCAAUUAAAUCAUAUUUUGGGUGUUUUAGGGUCGCCUUCGCAAGAAGAUUUGGAUUGUAUUAUAAAUGAGAAGGCACGAAGUUAUCUUCAAUCAUUACCGUUUAAACCUAAAGUUCCGUGGGUUAAACUGUUUCCCAAUGCGGAUCCGAAAGCCUUGGACCUACUCGAUAAGAUGCUUACAUUUAAUCCGCAUAAGAGGAUAGGUGUCGAAGAAGCUUUGGCGCACCCAUAUCUGGAACAGUAUUAUGAUCCUGCAGAUGAGCCAGUGGCGGAGAAACCUUUUCGGUUUGAUUGCGAAUUGGACGAUCUUCCAAAGGAAACACUAAAAAGGCUAAUAUUUGAGGAAACAAUUUUGUUUAAACAGAGACUUAAUCAAGAACACUCUACGAACUCAAAUAAUACCAGCGCCAUGGCGACAUAGUUUUUUGAGGUAAACGUAUAAGAAACGUAAAGAGAAAGACCUUUUAAUACAGUUUUUCGAUUUUUACUUUUUGUUUUAUUUUUUUAAUUUGAUUUGUAACGUACAAUUUUACUGUAAAAUUAUGUAAAUAUUUGGUUUAAUUAUGUCGCUAUUUGAUCUUGAAAUUUCUCACAGUAUAAAUGUGUAACAUACAUAAAGUAAUCUAUUUUUGAAAAAUUAGUUUUUGUAAGAUAUAAUAGACGGUUGUGUCAUCAUGCACCACAAGGUAUUAAAAAUACAACUCCAUAUUUCUCAAGAGUUUAAACAGAAAUAAUUUAGCGAUAUUAAAAGUUAAAGUAAAGGUGCCAUUCCAACUGUGUUAGUAACAAGCCUUUAUAUAUUGGCACAUAUUUCAGUGCGAGUAGUAAUUGUUUGAUUUAUGCCGAAUUAGUAUUUUAACAUGCCCCUGUGUUUUUUUUUUCGCUCUGAAAAUGUGCCAUAACACGUUCCAUGUAGAGAUCACGUGAGUAGUAGUAUUCAACAUUUCACAAAUUUUCUAAACUGUAGCAAUUGAUUAGAAACUACAGUUAACUACCACAAGAUAUUAUUGUUUUUACAAAUAGAAAAUUGACGUGUUCCUGUAGUUUAUUCUUUAACAAAAACAAUCGUACAGAAUAUCCAAAUCAAAUGGGCAUUUUUAUUAUUAAAGGUAGAGGUUUAGAUUAAAAGGGUCAAGUAUUGUGUGCAAAUUAAAAUUCUGAAAAUUAAAUUCAAGUGAUCGAACAAAACUGAACACCGAUUUUAAAACAUAAAUAUAUUUGUCAUAAGCCAUAACAAAAAGUUUCAUUUUAAAGUUUCUUAGUUCGAGGCGCUCGAUGAAUGAUAUCAAAAAUAGAAUCGAAGUUACAUGACAUAUCAAUACAAACUAGUUGUUAUUAAUUUAUGCGAUUUUUAAUUUUUAGAUAAUUAAAAAGCCUUUUGUAUGACUUUUUUAACAAUGAAAGUUUUGAACCUCACCAUUUAAUCUUAUUUAUGUAGUACAGCUUACUAAAUUUUUAAUUGGCAUAUUUCAAUUUAAUCUGUGUAAUAUAUUAUUUACCACAAUGUCUAGCAUUACCUGUAGCUUUAGCCGUACCGUACCUUUAUCAGAACUUCAUUAUUUCUCUAUUUACAAUAAGAGCCUUUGCACACUGGGCUACCAUUGUGGUGCCUCCAUAGUCCCCCUAUUUAUAGCCGAAAACUCCCGAAAUAUUUUGAUAUGCAUAUUAAUAAAAUUAAUUGUUAAAGCCGGCCAUAUUGAGAAACCUAAUUGGAUCCCAACAAGCGUACGUUAUAUGCAUGCCUCCUUUCCUUAGUCUUUUCUGUUUAAAAUAUUAUUUUACAAGUUAAAUUGAAUUGUUCAGUGUCUAUACUUUUUACUAUGUUAGAACAUGUAAAAACACAAUUAAAAAAUGUAAAAAAAUACAUGCCUAUUGGGAGCACAAUACACUGGAGUUUGUGGCCCAAGUGGCAGCGCUUCCAGGAAUGCGGUGGCUGAGGUAUAUGAUUAUCAAAGCCCGCCACCACGUGAAUGCAUUAUCUGUUUUACGACGUUUACAUGAACGCUGAAUUAUGUACGCUAACCCCCUACUUCUUUAACGUCCAUGAUUAAACUGCGAGGCCUGGUGGCUGCAAUGAGGUCUCUCGCAGACUCUUCCUUCAGAGAGCUAAUAUAUAGCGACAAACAAAGAUCUGGUGGGAGCAAAAUGCUGCAUAAUGAAAUAACCAUGCAUUAAUCUUCCCCCCCCCCCCCCAUUAAGAUUAUUAUUAUUAAAAUGUCUAUGGCUACACCCUAGAAAAUUUGUGAAAAAUGCCUCUUAGUUCUUAUGUUUACAUAAUUCCCUACCUUUUGCAAAAUUAAGAUUCCUAAUCGCUUUCUCAUGUAGGAAUAUAUUUCCUAGUCAGUUAUGUUUAGAAAUCACGCACACGAUAUCAAAAUUUGGCGUAAAUGUUUCUAAGAGUAAGUACAUAUUUUAUCUGUGAUUAUUACUGGUUUAAUAAUAAGUGUUUUACCUAUUUGUGCAAUUAGGAAUUAAGCAUAUGGUUCAUUGAAUGUUGUCUACUUCUAUGAUGUCUUCGUACCUACAUAUAAAAUUGAAAUUCUAAGUGUAGUGUUCUUAACAAAAAUAUGAAACAUGUAGCAGUUAUUGCAAGCUAUUAGGCGAAAAGUAGGUUAAUGUGGAAAACAUAAGAAAAAAUCUACAGAGACCUGAAUGUAUAUAGUUUUUAAUUGUGAUAGACAAGAAUGUUAUGUCGUGUUUCUUUAUCUCUGUAUAUUUUUCCAUAAAAUCUGCUGUUACCAAUUCAUUAAUACAGUAAUUACGAUCUUAAUGUAAUCACUUCUUCAUAUACUGUGAUGUGUGCAAUUUGUUGAUACGAACAAAUGAAAUGCUCAUAGUAACAGACAUUUAAAUACGGCCUAUAAGUUAACUAAGAAAAAUUGUUAUCUACUACUAUUAGCAUGUUAACUCGUAUACAGUCUUAAUGGUCGAACAUUGUAGCUCUUAUAUUCCAAUAAUAAAAUCGUACAUACUUAA